AUGCCUUUCAAAGGUCUAUCGCAAGUUCCAACAGUUGUUAAUGUUUUAGAACUAUCAACACGUGAAUUACAAAAAGUUGAAUUAAAUGUCUUCAUUUACGAUGAAGAAACAUAUUCUAAACAUAGAUAUUAUAAUGUUAAUGAUGUGCUGGCACAUAUUGAAGCUAAUGAUACAAAAUGUAUUUGGUUAGAAGUCAAUGGAGCAAUUCAACAUCGAGAUGACGUUUUGACUCAACUAGCAUUACAUUUUAAUUUACAUCUAUUGACAGUCGAAGAUAUUCAAACGACUCAACAACGAAUGAAAUUAGACAUAUUUGAUGAUGGAAUUUAUUUAUUAAUGAAAAUGAUUUAUGUAGAACAUGAACAUAAGACCAAUAUUCUAGAAAAACACAUUAGCAUUUAUUUGAAAGACAAUCUUCUAUUGACAUUCCAAGAAGAACAUAAUCAAUUAUUUUCUCAAAUCAAACAGCGAAUAGCAAAUAGUCGAGGACGAAUUAAAAAAUUGAGAACAGAUUAUUUAUUCUAUUGCUUAGUUGAUACAAUUAUCGAAAAUUAUAUGAUUGUUCUUGGAACUAUAAGUAUCACAAUUGAAGAUAUUGACGCGGAAUUAAUGAAAAUGAGCACAUUAAAAUUAGACACAUUGAGGUUGAUCUAUUUCAUUAAACAUGACAUGCUUCAUUUUCGAGUAUUAUGUUCACCAUUGAAAGAAAUUAUUAUCAAACUACAAAAAACACAAGAUAGGCUACCAAGACGAGAUCUAUUUGUCGCUAUGAGACAAGGACGAAAACGAAAGAAGCGACGAUUAACAAGACGAGCAACAAUCAUCAUUACACCGCCGGUUACUAAUAAUAACUAUAAUUCUUUCAAUUUAAUAUCAGCCAGAAGAUCUCGCAGGCAUUCAUUAUCUCCUGUUGGUCAUAGACGCACGAGUGAGUCUGAUACUCCAAUAUUGAAUGAAUACAUAUUCAUGUACUUCAGAGAUUUACACGAUCACAUAAUACAAGUAAAUGAGACAAUUGAGACUUAUAGUGAAAUGGUGGAUUCACUCAUUCAAUUUUACAUGGUUUUACAUAAUAAUGCGAUAAAUAAGAAAAUGAAAUUAUUGUCUGCGAUCUCGGUCUUUUUCAUGCCGCUAUUAUUUCUCAUCGGAUUAAGCUCGAUGAAUUUCGCUUAUAUGCCACAACUGGACGUCCAUUCGGGACAUUUUAUUAAUUUAGGACUUUUAGCGAUUCUCGCUAUCAUCAUGAUUAUUUGGUAUAAGGUUAAAAAAUAGUGGUAACAAGAUAUUUUAGGAAUAGUGAAGGCAUGUGCUUACCUAAUUCAUAUACCGUUUCAAUUGCUGUGUUUUACAGUGACACCUUGUAACCAGA